AUGUUUGCGUCAUGUGUGUCGAGAUGUUCUGAAGGCUCGCGGCGUUUUGAAUUGCAGAUGUAUUUGAGUCAUGGAUUACUUCCAUCGCCUAUCGGAUUCUUAGUAGAGAAUUCGAAAUCUAAUCCAGCGUUACUAAACUAUGGCAAAUUCGAUUUAUUAAGCUCUUCAAAAUCAAAUGCAAAAGCACUUAUCUCUAAGCUCAGUACUUGUUUUUCAGAUGACCGGAGGCAACAACAGCAAACUGUGCUGUCCACUUCUCAGCAGCGAAUUCGACCGAAUUUCGCUAAUGAUGUAUAUGGUGUCGAUGAAUCGAUUAAGCAGCAGUAUCCCUCCUCAUCGCAUAUGCAUUCUGAAAUGAAUAGCGGAACGGUAUUUGAAAUGUGUGAGUCGGCCUUGGCUCAAAGGAGAUCUGCUCAGCUACCGAAGCUGAAAGAAAUCUCUAACAAACCACGAUUCGAAAGCAAUGAUUUCAUGAAUCGUGGUGAAAUGAUGGAUUUGGAUUUUGUUUAUACGGAUUGUGAUACUCACGCUGCUGAACUUGCAGAACUUUAUACAUAUAGUGAAAUUGAAGAUUGGGCUACAAAUGUUCAUUCAUUCAGAAAUUAUGCUGAAGCAAAGAGGAUUGAAACAGUUUGGUCUUCUCUUUCAACGAAUCAACAAAAAGCGAUAUUUUUUGAUCUGAUAGAACGUUUGGAAAGUGUUGAAACUGAUGUACGAUUGGAUUCAGCGCGAAUAAUACUCUACAUUUUACAAGGUGCUUAUUUGGAUUUUAUCGAUGAACAGAAUAUUAACAUCGAUGAUGCUUUCAAUGUAGAUAAAGCAAGAGAACCAGUAGAUUUUGGUACAGGUGGUUAUGAGGAAAAAUGUUUAUCGGAAGGAAUAAUUAAUGCUUAUAAGGCGUAUGAAGCUGGUGUUUUUCAGGCAUUGUGUACCGCCCUUAUGACAGAGCUUGAUGACCCUUGGGACGUUGCUGCUUCUGGAGAACCACGCGCCAGCCAGUGUUCAUCACUAUCUAACAGUAGAUCGACAUCGAAUGCGGAUUUAACGGAUAGCGUUCUUCUGGUACUAUAUUUAGUUGAUCGACGGGUUCGUAAAAGUGCAACAAUGACUGAUAAUGAAUCGCUUCGAGUUGUUUUGAAUGCCAUUUAUCACAUGGUGGAAUCUAUAAGACGAAAAGAUUUAUUUGAUUUUGUUAUUCCUUCUGAUAAAAAAAAUUACUGCGCAGAACUGAGGCAAAAUUUUAUCACAGAAAUAGAGGAACCGAUUGAGAAUGUCGGUACGUCACUGAUCAUGGUUUUAUUCGAAAUGAUGCCACCAUUUUGCCAAGGAACUAGUCCUCAUUUUCCAAUGAAGAAGGUACUGUUACUUACAUGGAAGAUUUUAUUAACAAUAUUGGGUGGAUGGAAAGAUUUAAGAGAAGCUAAAGCUUCUCGUAGAGCAGCGGAAAAUUUACCACCUGUAGAAGAUACAUUAAUGGUCGUAAGUGUUAUGAAGGCUUCUUCAAUAAAUGGUGCUGAUUCCGAUCAGAAUCCAGCUCUUAUGCGACCUAAGCGACCAUUGCAUUCUCCUGCUCGUCUUAUAUAUCGCCAGUUGGCUUGUACCGAAUCACCUGAAUCUUCUUUCAAAGAAGAUGAUGAAGAUGAAAUGAAGGUCGAUAUUCUUGAACAAGUAAGCGUUUUAGCAGAUAUAGAUAUUGCAACACAACCGAAUGAUGAAUUGAGCACAGAUACAACCACCAAAGCUGAAAAAACAGUCACUCCCCCAAGAUAUGAAUUAUCAAGUCAUGAUAUUUCUACGUCUAUGCCAAAUUCGUUUAAGCGAUCUAAUCCUUUAAUGAGAGAAAAUUUCUUUAAUAGUUCUCUAUCUUGUGGUGAUCGUACGCCUGUGGCUGGUACACCCCCACCAAUGGAAAUACUCUUCCGGGCAUCUUUACCAUGGAGGCCCAAAGUUCGCGAAGAAGAUAUUGAAGUUUUUUUACAAGCAGAAAGGGUGAAAUUUUUUGAUUAUCAAUUGCCCGGUGAUGUUUCCACUGUUUUCGGUUUACCAUUUCCAAUUCAGAGCAGUGUUGAAGCUCUUAGGCGACAUUUAUAUGUUUCACUGUGCGACUUGCAGGUAAAACAGGAAAAGAAUUUAAAUCGUUAUUUGUUUUCACAAAGAGAGGUGAUUAAUGAGAAUGCGACAGAAAGAUUGUAUCGUUUGAUGCUGCCAAAUUUUAGCCAAUAUAUAAUAGCUCUUUUAAAAGUUUUGUUAGCUGCAGCGCCCUCGUCAAAGGCGAAGAGCGAUGCAAUAAAUAUUCUAUCCGAUUUGUUAACACCAGAAACAGAUAAUAAUGAAAUUCUUUCGAAUUCAAUUAAUUUCGAAAGCUCAUUAACAAAUGUGCUUGAACAUAGUGUGCGAAUUGCUAUUGAUAUUAAUAGGCACAAAGAAAUAAUGGUUAAAGCUGCAUCGUCGAUUUUAAUCCUUCUCUUGAAGCAUUUUCGUCUUAAUCAUGUGUAUCAGUUCGAACAUCUCGGGCAACAUCUAGUUUUCGCAAAUUCGAUACCACUUAUACUAAAAUUCUUAGAUCAGAAUAUGGUUCGUUAUGUCCAGUCUAAACAUGAAUUGCAUCCAUUCAAUUAUCCUAGAGCACCUCUAUAUUUUGUCAGAAAUCGCGAAGAAUGGCCGGUAUUAAAUAUGGACAACGUUGAGGAUAUUGCUUCUCAGUCACAAUCUUAUUAUUUGUGGCGAAAUGUUUUUUCAAUAAUAAAUUUAUUGCGGGUCCUCAAUAAGUUAACAAAAUGGAAGCAUUCACGAACUAUGAUGCUUGUCGUAUUCAAAUCAGCACCUAUGUUAAAACGAUCCUUACGGGUAAAAUUGGCUAUUUUUCAAUUAUAUGUCUUGAAACUGCUGAAAAUGCAAGCACGUUAUUUAGGACGUCAGUGGCGUCGUUCUAAUAUGGAAAUUAUGUCCGCUAUCUACAGUAAAGUUAGACACAGACUUAAUGAUGAUUGGGCUUAUGCAAAUGAAGCGAGAUCAAAAUCAUGGGAUUUCCAGAAUGAAGAAGCUAUAUUGAAAGCUGCUGUUGAGAAAUUCAACUCCCGUCGUUAUUCCCAUCUUUAUUCCGUUUUUGCUCUUGAACCUGGUGAAUCACCGUUGCCUGGAGAAAAUUAUUUGGAUACCACCGAUUUACGAGAAUAUGAGCCAGUUGAUAACAGCUAUCAGUCGGUUUUAGGCAAUAAUCGUGAUUUAAGUGAGCGGUUUAAACGAAAUUAUGAACAGUGGGUUGAAGUUGAGGUGAUAAAGCGUCAUACAGAUUGGGAUCAGCUUUUGAUUGAUUCUCGUGGUUUCAUUGAUAUAUUGGUGGAGAAUAAUGUUACGAAGACAUUUGAAUAUCGCCAAGCAGAUAACUUUUCCUUUCGUAUAUUGUUCUGGACGAUGGGAAUCGGUUGUAUCGUAAUUUCUUCUUUCGGCAAUGAACAAAAAAUUUCUGCACGACCGUUAAAUGCAUCUAACAUGGCAGAGAGACUAGGAGAUUAUGCAAAAUUUCAUUGGGACAGUAGUGUGAAAUCUAAUGAUCCUGAAGUAGUUGAAUUAGCGGAUGGAAUUUUAGCAGGUUCGAGAGCAGCGCUUGCUCAAGGCAUAACUCUUCUUCAAGCCAGACAUCCUAAAAAACGAGCUCAGGGCAAUUAUCUAAUGGGAAGAAUACUUCAAGAAGAAAGAGAACGGUUCAAACAAAAAGGGGCUGAUGCUCUCAUUUUUCGCAUCGGUAUAUCAGGUAGUCCUGGUGUCGGCAAGUCUUCGUUUAUUGAGGCGUUUGGUGAAGAGUUAAUAAAUAAGGGUAAACGGGUUGCUGUACUUACAGUAGAUCCGUCAUCAGUCACUACUGGAGGGUCGUUGUUGGGUGAUUUGACUAGAAUGCCGAAUUUGUCGCGAAAUCCUAAGGCUUUUAUACGUCAGUCACCAUCCAGCGGAUCUUUGGGAGGUGUUACGCGUGGUGUACAUGAAGCAAUAAUUUUAUGCGAGGGUGCUGGGUACGAUAUCGUCAUUGUUGAAACUGUUGGAGUUGGCCAAUCUGAAAUCGGUGCGAGCGAUAUGAGCGAUAUCUUUUGCUUGUUACUGUCACCAGCUCAUGGGGACGAAUUACAGGCAUCAAUUAGAAUAUAUAUAUCUGGUGUAAAACGAGGUAUUGUUGAACAAAGUGAUCUUCUUAUCGUUACUAAAGCUGAUGGCGAUCUAGAACGAAAGGCAACAGCAACUCAAACGGAAUAUAUAUCAGCACUAAAGUUCAUGCGACCAAGAUCGGAAGUAUGGCGACCUUCGGUUAUGACAGCUUCAAUCUAUAAACCUGAAACAAUCGCCGCGGUAUGGCAGAAGAUGUCUGAAUUUUGGGAAAUUUCUUAUAAAACAGGUUUACUGUUGAAUCGUCGUAAUGAACAAUUUACUACAUGGAUGUGGAAUCAUGUACAGGACGAGGUCAUGGCGAUAUUUCGACAGCAUCCCGAUAUUGUGAAUAAGGCCCCUCAACUUGAACGUGAUAUACGUUUGGGUAAUAUUACUCCUGGUUUUGCCGCAGAAAAUUUGUUACGGACUUUCUUUGGAUUUUAG